AUGCAGCAGUCCUUGCAAGGAGAAGUGUCGAACAUUCCUCCGACCAUGUUGGCGGAUCAGUUCGGCAUGGCAGGGCUCGUCACCUAUCUUCGGACUGUUGACAACCCAUCCAUAGUGUCACUAGCUCUCGGCUACGAUCUCACUACCCUUGGACUCAACCUGAACUUAUCUGAGCGACAUCUAUACACGUCCUUCGGUGGUCCGUGGGCUGAUAAUCCGAUUCGACCGCACGAACUGGAUGUGAAGGUACCCGAUGACUACUUGACAAAUGCUCAAAUUCGGGAAAAGCUGCCUCCGGUUAAGUUAAACAAGUUGUCAGAGGAUGUACUUUUCUACCUGUUUUACAAUUGUCCUGGCGAGGUCUAUCAAUUAGCGGCUGCUUGCGAGUUGUACCAAAGGGAUUGGCGAUUCCAUAAAGGAGACGGUAACUGGUUGACGCGAUCCCAAUACGGCGGAGUGAAAGAACAAACUGGAUCAUAUGAGAAGGGCCAAUACAACGUAUUUGACCCAUUGCAAUGGCGAAAGAUCCCAAAGGAGCUGAAACUGGAAUACAAAGAGCUGGAAGAGCGGCCGAAACUGCCGGCGAUGUUUGGUGGCGGUAGCGGAGCAACAGCACCAUCGAUGGGCGCAUCAGCGCCUCGUCCGGCGUCGUAG